GUGUGUGUGUGUGCGCGUGUGGGAGGGAGGAUAGUGAUUCGACACGGAUCGACCCAGUGCCUCUUAAGAGAGUUUGAUAGGAGUGCGCCAGUCACUGAGGGCUGGACGGUCGGGGCUAAAGAUGACACCGAAACGGGUAGACUACCCGCCGAUCAGUUUUAUUACCCCUACGGUGUAUGGAAAGUGCUCCUGGAUGGACCUGGGCGAAAACAACUGGUCCAUGGUCAAGCGAGAAGCAUCCAGCAGCCCAGGCUCCCCGGCUGACCAGAGCUACCUGUCCGGAGACGGCCGGAGGGACGGGCCCGCUGCGGAGGAGCUGAGGACGACUCCGAACGAGCUGGAAGCUCUGGGGCACCGGCGCGCGGACAGCAGAUCGCUACACUCCUACCUUCACUUCGGACACCACAACAACGCCCUCGCCGCGGCCGCAGAGGACCUCCCGCUCUUUACGGAUUUGGACCAGGGCAGCAAGCUCGUCUUCUCCAGCGGAGCGCACAAAACCAGCCUGCUGGUGGACCCUACCGACAUGUACCAAACGCUGGCCAUUGCCGCGGCCCAGAGCCAGACUGGAUACGAUUCCUCCUCCGGCGGUUAUAUGCACUCCAACCCCAACUCCCCCGUCUACGUCCCCAGCUCGCGCGUCAACCCCAUGAUCCCCAGCCUGUCCUACCUGCAGGCCAGCGGGUCAGCGCAGUCCGGCCACGCCGUCUCCAACCACUCGGUGUGGUCGCAGUCCGCCCCGGAGAGCCCCUCGUACAGCACCGGGAGCCCCCACACCUCCAGUCGGUUCCACUACCCCCCCAGCCCGCCCAUGAAUAACGGGACGCCCAGGGACAGCGGCUACGGCAACGCGCUGAACGUGAGCAGCAGGGACCAGUACGGCCUCUCGCGCCCCCUCGGAGGGACCUACACCAGUCCCUACUCGCCUUACGUGGCGCCCCAGCUGCCCGCGCCCUGGACCGGCUCCGCUUUCGACAACACCAUGUUGCACACUUUACAGAGUCGAGGUGCGCCCCUGAUCCGAGGACCAAACGGAGAUAUCCUCGACGACAUUGGGGAGAGCAGAGAGUGUGUGAACUGCGGCUCCAUCUCCACGCCACUCUGGAGGCGCGACGGCACGGGCCACUUUCUCUGCAACGCCUGCGGCCUUUACAGCAAAAUGAAUGGGCUGAGCCGGCCAUUAAUUAAACCCCAGAAACGGACGUCAACAUCCAGGAGGAUCGGCCUCUCUUGCGCCAACUGCCAAACCAGCACAACCACCCUGUGGCGCAGAAACGCGGAGGGAGAGCCGGUGUGUAACGCGUGUGGGCUUUACACAAAACUACACGGGGUACCUCGGCCACUAGCCAUGAAGAAAGAAGGAAUCCAGACCAGAAAAAGAAAACCAAAAACUCUGAGUAAAACUAAGGGAUCCUCUGGUAAUAAUAACCCUGUCUCCAUGACUCCCACAUCCACCUCCUCUUCCAAUUCCGAAGACUGCUCCAAAACCAGCUCCCCCUCUGGACAGGUGUCAGGGGUCAGCUCGUCCGUGCUGUCCAGCUCAGGGGAGGGAGCGGGCUCGGGCGCGGCCGUAAAGUACCCGGGACAGGACGGCCUGUACACCAGUGUGGGCCUGACCCAGCCAUCAGAUGUAGCCGCAGUCAGGGGAGAACCCUGGUGCCCCAUGGCCUUAGCCUGAACAUUUUUGGUCUCGUGGGCGGACAGAAAUCCAUGCCCCCCUCUUUUCCUUGUGUCUCGAUGCACAGUGGUGUGGAUGUAUCCCGGGACAAUGUUUGCUUUACCCCCCCACCCACCCACCCACCCUAAGCUGAUGCAGACAAGGGGAGAAGAAGGGCACCAGACACACACUGCCAGCUAGAACCAAACAUGGAAUAUCUGGCAUUGGGGCUCCAGAUUGUUGUGGGAAUCGUGUCGCUUUAAAAAACAUCAACAACAAAUGGAAACGCCAGGCCUAAAGAGCAACCAGGUGGCCUGCUGUGGAUGGUUUCUGAACCCGCCGUGCACUCUGAUCCCUCCCGUCCAUGGCACAGAACCUGAUCUUGGUUCUUUUAAAGAAAGCCAUCGUGUACAUAAAGGAUUUCCUCUUUGAAGAAAAAGCUGAUGAUUGGAUAUCAGUGCUAUGUAAAGCUCUAAGGACAUUUAGAUUUUUUUUUUCCAUAACUGGAAUCAUGCCAUAAGCGCCAAGAUGAAUCAAAAGAAAAAUAUAUUUAUAAAUUUUCCACUGUUGAGAACAUGGUUAUGAUUGUUAAUAAAGAUAUCAAUAUAGAGUAGAAGUUAAAACCUUCUGAUGUCUUCUCUUCUAUCUUUUUUCUCUUAAGAAGUGGUUUUUAGUAAAACAGUAGUGGUGAAUCUGCACGUUUUCCACUGAAAGCUCUUACUGCAUAUGAGUGAAACUAGCUUGGUUUAAACAGGGUAUAAAUGUCACGUUGUGUUUUUGUUUAAUCAUUUACUAAAAAAAGAAAAAAAAAAGAAAACAAAUGCAAAUAAUCAGAUGAAUUUUUAAUACAGAUAUUUUGUCAGUUGUUGGGUAGCAGUAAGGUACUAAAGACUUGCAUGUAAAGCAGCUGUUUGGCUUGUUUGAACAAAGCACACCCUGGGUAGCUUUAGUCGGUGACCUUUUUGAUCGAACUCAUAAAGAUGCUGCACCAUCUGACUCAUUAUUAACUUUAGACAUUUCGCGGUGCUAACGUGUACUGUUGCAUCAUUUUAAUCAAAUUCACACCAAAGUGGAGAGUGAAGUCACCCCUGAACAAAUUCCUGCUACUUUCAUGACUAAAUGACUGUAAUGUAUCAAUCGAGAUAAUAUCAUUUUAGCAAUGCAACCUGACUCCCCAUUUGAAUGGUAAUUUGCGAAGUAUUUGAUUAUUUUUUUUACUUUUUUUGUUGGAGUUUUAGAAAGUGGAUUUAGUCAACUUGGAGGAUAAUAAAACCUCAAGUCAGUCCUAUGAGUUACAUGUGAAUCUUGGAACAAAUAGGUUUUUUUAUUUCUAUUCAUUUUACAAUUUUCCGAAUCCUCAAAGAGCAUGUCAUUCACUCUUUUGGACGUAUUUAUUUCUGAAACAUGAUUUUUAUUUUAGUUUUUUUGUAUGUUUUUUUUUUUGUGAAACGUCGUGGGAAAUUACUUUAUUUAAAUUCAGUUCAAUAAAUUGUUCUGGUGAUGCAAAUAUUUACAGCAUGUUUCUAAAGAGCAGCAUCAUAUUAAAGACGAAAAGCAUCAGUGUUUGUAAGUUGUGGAAAGAACCGUGUUCUUGGAGUCUCAGGCAUUCUUCUGUAUGAGUCAUUCACUUCUAUGCUUCCCUCCCCUUUUUUUUCUUUCCUUAACGAAAGCCUUACUAGUUUUUUUUCGCCAUGGAGAGGGAAAAGAAGGCCAGUUCGGCUUCUAAAAGGCGAGGAUUUCUGAAAUAACACACAUUUGUUCCUUAAAUGACAAUGCAAACAAAGAUCACUCUCUUGAAUUUGGAUUCAUUUAACAAAACACAUCUCAGGACCAAAAAUGAAGCCUUCAGAUGCAAUUUCCUGCUAUCUUGUUAUUAUGAUUCAUUAAAGCAAGCCUAUUCUCC